UUUUGUGUCUAGGUGCGUUCCCUGAUUUGUUUGCUUCUUGUUGAACACUUGUGUUCCCUGAAUUGUUUGCUUCUUGUUGAACACUUUAUCUAUAAUUUAUUGAUGCAUUAUUAUGAUCAUGCGCUGGAAAAUUCCUGUGGUUAUUUCUACACUAACUUUGGAGAAGUUUCUAUAUUGUGGAUUAUUUACAUAGCUAGCUAUCCUGCAGUUGAUUUUGAACAAGGUUCUUAUGCUGGGAUCAAAGUCGCAAACAAUCAUUGGUAGACCGAUAUUACCUGAGGCAAUUGUGCAUGCUGUCGUUGAAGAGCAUGCUUUAGAUGCAAAGGUAAUCAUAUUCAAGAAAAAGAGACGAAAGAAUUAUCGCAGAACUAAGGGUCAUCGACAGGAAUUAACCAAACUGAGGAUCACUGACAUUCAAGGAGUCGAGAAAUCUGAGGAUGUAGCACUUGCUGCUUAGGAUUUAUCAUCUGUGCUCAGUGUAAAGAGAUGUUUCAAUUUGGACGUAUCAGCAAGGCUUUAAGCGCUGUGAUCCUUGAAUACUGAAGGUUAGUCAGAAAUGUACUAGAAGGAUUCGAAAGUACAUGGCGAAGUGGAAAUCACAAAUAUAAGGUCUUGAACCACCAUUUGAAGAAGCCAAACUGAGUUAUUUUUGUAUUCCGUGUGACAUUCGAAGGCAAGUUUGCCCGGCGACCAAUAAUUUUGCUCGAUUUGUAUUGAUGCUUAUUGUCAAGCUUUUCCAUAGCAAUGAAGAUGCAACUGUAUUGUUUUUCUGAACUGGCCUUUUGGGUUUAAGAUAGGACAAAACAGGUAUUGAAAGUAUCAACUUGAUAGCCAGUGGCUAAAUAUUGCUUUAGACCUGUAAAGAUAAACUAUCAUCCAUCCUUAUCAGGGAACUGUUUGUGUGAAGAUCCUCUUAUUUGAAUGCUACACAAAUCACUGCGGGUGUUUAAAAUCA